GGUGGAUUGGGCAAAGCGAAUACGAAUUAGUAAAUUAGUAGCAACAUCAAAUUUGUAUGUGGACAUAUUCAAUGCUUACUUGAGCAAUAACGACAUUUUUGCUGAUACUAGCUUUUUGUUGGAAUGCUUCACAAUGGGAGUGAAGUGAAUAAUGUUUGCGGUGUAAGGAUUUAUUCAUAAUACUUCGUGAAUUACCAGUGUGUCUAUGAGACAAAUUUUAAACAAUUUUAUUUAAAGUAAAUAAUAAAAUCAAUGUUAUUUUAACAAACAAAACCGUUAUGUGGUAGUAGUUAUGUUUAAACGUAAUGGCUAAUCGUUAUCGUUAUUCGACUUAGCGUUAUAACGUUACGUUUUUAGCUGGCAACAUCGGUACUGCGCAUGUCAAAUACGUCGCGUCGAAAAAGAAAACAAGAACAAUGGAAAUCACCACCGGUCGAUUGUAGUUCGUGUUGAAUCAGUUUUUAAAUGUAAUCCGCGUAUUAAACGUCUGAAACAUGACGGGUACUAUAAUUGAGAACUUAAGUGGGCGUAAACUCGCCAUUUUAGUGAGUUUUCUUAUGUUAUGUCAGCUAACAUGUUUUCUCAUCGGUGGUCUGGUCGCGCCCAUGCCUGCAAACGCUCAAAUAAUACUCGCAACCGUAUGCCGUGAUACUUCUACUAUGAAAAAUGACACGACGAAUUGGUAUUACAGUCGUGGGAAAGGAGCUUGUAAGAAAAUCGACCUUAACGAACCGCAUUACGAUUUGUCGGAGACGGACAUUGUAUUCGCAUUCCAAAUGCCGGGUCCGCGAGAAGGUAUGAUCCUAGACUACUCGCGGUGGCAGCAAAAUUUAAUUGGAGUACUACAAGUGGACAUAAAGUACCACUCUCAGAUUGAAAUGCUACCACGAAGCACUAUCACAAUCGACGCGCGAUUGGCUUACCGAAACAAAGGCGACCCAGAAGAUGUGUGGAAGUUCUACACUAAAUCCGUGGAGAAACGUAAUUUAGAUUGUGAUAUUGAUUUAAAAAGUGAAGAAUAUUUAUACAAUUGUUCAGCUAUUCCAUUGUUUGAACUCGGUUCUUUGUAUCAUGACUACUAUCUGCUCAAUGUAAGACUCCCUGUUGACUCACCGGAUAUGAACUCGGGUAUCGGACAUAUACAGGACAUGUGGUUGACUGUGAUUAACCAGAAUGGUGGGUUUACUAGGGUCUGGUUGUAUUUGAAGACAGCAUUUUUCCCUUGCAUCAUUGGUAUAUUGGUUUGGUUUUGGAGACGCAUCCACAUACUCCAACGAAAGCCAGUUUUACUUGAGAAAAUGCUUUUGAGCCUUGGUUUAGCUCUUUGUCUCCUAAAUAUGCCAAUCGAGUAUUUGACUUUACAUUAUGAUUUGCCGUUUAUGUUGUUAUUGAGUGAUAUCCGGCAAGGUUUAUUCUAUGCUACACUGUUUUCAUUCUGGCUUGUUUUUGCUGGGGAACAUAUGUUAAUCCAGGAUGCAUCGGCCCAAAGCUCUGUGAAACAGUACUGGAGACAUUUAAGUGCAGUUGUUUUGGGCUGCAUCUCCCUAUUUAUAUUUGACAUGUGUGAGAGAGGUGUCCAGCUUCGCAACCCUUUCUACUCUAUCUGGGUGACAGAUCUUGGAACUAACUUAGCUUUGACAUUCAUCAUACUGGCCGGGAUAUCGGCUGGAGUUUAUUUCCUAUUCUUGUGCUAUAUGAUCUGGCAAGUUUUCACAAACAUAUCCUACAAGAGACAGUCCCUACCUACUAUGUGCUCUGUGCGUCGUCUGCACUAUGAAGGCAUUAUUUACCGCUUUAAAUUCCUCAUGUUGGCUACCCUGCUUUGUGCUGCACUCACUGUAAUCGGUUUCAUUCUUGGACAAGUUGCUGAAGGUCAGUGGAAAUGGGAUGAGUCCAUUGAGCUGGAGUAUACUUCAGCAUUCUUUACUGGAGUGUAUGGCAUGUGGAACAUUUACAUCUUUGCAUUGUUGGUCUUGUAUGCUCCAAGCCACAAGAAGUGGCCAGUGGUUGAAAAUACUGCUGACACACAGAACUUAAGCGAAGAAAUGGAAUUCAGCCCCUUACCUAGCGAGAGAGCUAGUAGUGAGAUUUCUUCCCUAACAUCCUUCAUUAGGAAGACUACUAUUGACUAAUCAUGCCAAUUUACUAAUUCUAUCAAGUAAUUUUAAGUAACAUUUGCUCUUCCAUCUUUUUGAACCAUUUUAGAUUCCAACAUAAUGUUGGAAAUAAAAAUUGAGCCAAUACUGGCCAUAAACCGUCGAAAAUUCUUGCCUUUAUAUGGAUCCUUUGGCCCAAAUGUGUGUCCCAAUAUUUGAUUAUAUCCAACGUGUCUCGUAGACCAGGUUGCGUAAUUGGCCUUUGAAGUUUGCUUCUAAAAUACAACUUUACGAUAAUUUAUAGUCGUAAAUCUUCAAAUUUGUACGUUUAGCGGUCGUAAAUAGGAGUUCAGGCUUAUCGUAGGCGUUAAUUAGAUAUAGUUGGAGAGAAUCUCUUAGUAUAGGCAACAGCUAUAUUUAGCGACAGAGGUUUUUGUCUCGCCGAACAAUAUUUUGUACUCAAAUAUUUAACCGGAAAUGUAGUCUGUAUUUAUUUAGUCUUAUCGCUCGUUCGUACUUCGUAGCCAUGACUUAGCGGGCGAAGCAGUAACCAUUAGAUUUAAGAAUAUAUUUAAAGACUUACUACUUCUCACUAGUAGUUUUAAGUUUUUUCUCUUAUACAAAAUGAAAUGAUUAAUUGAACUGAUAUUUUUAUGAUUGUUUCUUUUUAAUCAGAUUUCAAUGUAUUCUCCUCCUUCCUAGAAGCCUUAGGCAGCUAAGAUUAUAUCGAGUCAUUCUAAAAAUAUUUUUAACAUCAUAUAACAGGUAGAUUGACCUUGAUAUUUCCAGUUUCGUGUCGAGCUUCCAAAAAGUAUUUUUGUUAGUGUGUAACCUUAUUCUGUGAUUUUUGUUUUGCAUUUUUAACUAAACAGUAUUGCUAGAUUAAAUAAGUUUAACGAUAUUGCCAGCUACUUAAUAAUUUAUGAUAUUAAUGUAAGUUUAAUGUGAAAUUAAUUUUGUAAUCUGUAGUUAAUAUUUGUACCCGUAUAAUAAAAUUGUAUUAAAAAUACGUGUUAUUUUGUUAUUUAGAACGCUAUUGAACAAAUAUUUCCUUUUAAACCCAGAUAGAAGGGACAAAAAUAUUUGAGAACGCGCUUUGCG